AUGCUCUCAUCAGACAUCAACCACGGAGAGGUGCGAAGGCAGUGCUCCUUUCCCUUCCUUCCUUUCCUUUUCUCCUUUCCUCCUCUCCGAACGAAGGAGCAACAGUGUUUGAAUACUACACUGUUUUCAAAAGCGGAGCUUUAUGUGAACAACAAAGAAUGCAUAACUGUUUCAGCCGAGGCCAACAUAACGGAAGUGGCAUUAGGACUCAGGCAUCUCGUCAACCAACAUAGUAUUCAAUGGUGUGAAAUCGAUGGAUGCCGGGAUAUUGCAAUGGAUGCCGUGAACAAAGUCAAGAGAGAGCAAGAUCGAAAGAAUGACUGCAUGCGACGAAUUGAAGAGAUUACGCAUGCACCGCAACCACGAACACGAGGAGCGCCUCAGUGCCUAGCCGUAACACUUGUACGUCAUUGCGAAGUAUACUAUGUAGUUUGGCACCAGACAGAGGAUUGCCGAUGCAAGGCAUACAUGGAAGUCAGCCACCUGAACGCCGCACAAAACGAAAGGCAGUUCUGA